CAUGUGCCUGGUCGGUACUUGGUCGAUGGGUUGGCAGACGAAGUUGCAAUGCCCCGCAACAUCGUUCGGCUCAUUGCGGGCCUCAUCUUGGGGUGUGUGCUCGCGCCAUUGUCCCAUCUUACCUCGACGCCGAACUCUCGCCACGUUCUCAACACUGUGCUCGGAAUCGGUAUUGGCUGGUUCGUGUUUGAUAUCAACAUUGUGCACAGCCUAGUGCCUACGCUGGUGACGUAUGUGCUCAUUUCGUUUGCCCCUCGAUCGUGGGUCGGUUGCACGGCAUCUGCCGUGCUCUUUCUGCAUCUUAUCGCCAGGUACACACCCAAAGCCAUGCGUAUCGCGAGCUGUGGGGCGCCGACAUCAUUUGGGAUGGAGCUCAGAUGGUGUUGACGAUGAAAUUGGCUGGAACCGCCAUCAGCUAUGGAGAUGGCGCGUUGCCCAGGAAGGAGAAAACGCCAAGUAUCAUGCGCAAUCAGCUUAUCGCAAGGCCGUCUCUCUUGGCCCUACUUGGCUAUGUGUAUUUCUUUCCAACGUUUCUCGUCGGUCCGAUCUUUGAGUUCAACGAGUACCUCGGAUGGGUCCAUACCCCCCGCAUCGCUCCCGUCGGCGUCGUUCUGCGCAAACUGAGCAUCUUGGCCGUGUGCAUCGCGGGCCAUACCGUGUCGGAAGCAUUCUUUCCCGUCGCUGCCAUGGACUCUCCAGAGUACUACCCGUCAUCGUCGUGGCGAUUUUUCCUGCAGUUGACCGCCGUCAUGUUUUACAAAUUUCGAUUCUACAUGGUGUGGCAAUUUGGGGAAGUUGGUGGCGUCCUUGCGGGCUACGGCUACGACGACACCAUGGCCAACUGGGAUGGCCUUCGAAACAAUAACAUCUUGAUGGUCGACUGUCCCGUAAAUUUGCGCGAGGCAGUCAACAACUGGAACAUCAAGGUCGCCAAGUGGCUCCAUACAUAUGUCUACCAGCGCGUGGGCCACAAGCAUGGCAAGCCGACGACCGUGUCAACUCUGAUCGUGUUUGUCGCGAGCGCCUUGUGGCAUGGCCUCAUGCCGGGAUAUUACGCGUUCUUCGUGUUGGCAGCGGCCGGGGUCGAAGUCGGCCGACAUGUGCGACGUCGGUGGCGCCACUACUUUCACUACACUGAAGACCGCGCGGCCCACCCGUGGGCAUGUUUCAGCGACUUUACAAACUCGGCGAAGGGAUCCCCAUUUGCCAUUGUGUACGACUUGGCGGGUGUGGCAUUGUCGUGGUUUAUGAUCCACUACACAGCGAUAUCCUUUGUGUGGCUCAACAUGACGCGAUGCUUCAAGUGGUGGGCGACAAUCUACUGCUUGCCGCACGUGGUGCUCGUCGCGGCACUUGGGCUGUUUGCCCUGACCAACAAGCCAACGAAACAAGCGAAAAUCCCGUCCAAGAAGGAUACGUAAGCUGCGUCGACAUGGAAUAAUGCAAACACCACACUUCACACACUUUCACCCC